ACUUUUAUACAACUGUCCGAGGGCUGAAAGAGCCGUCAAGACCAGUUACAGUCUUCGAUACAUCUGGAUAUCAGCAAUGGCGAUCAUCUCCGUUGUGCUUCGAAUGUCGUUGUGUAUUACACUGACAAUGGCACAACAACCUGCAUCCACUAAUUCUAGUGUGGUUUGGCUUUAUCGACCGACAUUCAUUUAUAACUUGGGUUCGCGUUGCACGUCACCGCUACACCACGCACGACGGAAUCAAUCGACUGCCGUACGAGAUGACUACACCUACACCCCGGGAAUCGGUGCUCAUAAGGUUCACACUGAUGCAGCUAACUGGUACGACGCUUGGUUGAGAUGUCGACUCGAAGGUUCCAACCUAUCCAUCAUCAACUCCGAGGCUGAAAAGAAUCUCAUCGUUGAACUUCUGUCAAGAGCGGGUCCUUCGCAUAACGGAAAUCUAGAAGGCCGUGCUUAUAUGGGUUUUCACUCUUUCUUCUAUCCAAAGGUGUGGAUAACACUUGAGGGUCAAACUUUGUCCCAGGCAGGAUUCAAUGAAUGGCACGACGGUGAACCUAGCGGCGGUGAUAAUGAGCGUUGUGGAUCCAUUUUCACUUCAGACGGUAAAUUAAACGACCAGGAGUGUGGCCGGACCACCAGCUUCGUUUGUGAGAGGCACUGCUGCUAGGAUUCGCUGUGUUAUCCAUUUUGAUAUUGAUGUUAUUAUUCGCAUUAUGAAUCUAUUUCACAAAUGAUGUACUAACGACAAUGCGACAAAUUAAAAUAAACAUUUGA